GCAGGGGUUUUUUUCGUUGUGUGUUUACGUUUUGUUACGUUUCCACUUUUUUUUGUGUUACAGCUUUGUGCAUGACCCAGCAGUUUUGUAACAUCUGCAGGGUGCAGAAAUCUGCCAAGGAUCCCCACCCGUGGUGUCCGGACAGCGCCACUGUCGUCUGUUCCCCUGACCAGCGCUGCUUUUUUUGCUCUCCGUUGUCUGUUGCUGAUUUCAGGCCUACAAAGCAGCCAAGAAGAAACGGUUAUCACAGCGCAAGAGGAAGAUGUCGUCUCCUGGUUCUUCAGUGGGAUCCCGAUCCCCUCUUCCUCUUGAUUUGUCUCGGCCAGAUGCUCUAUCACAUCCGGAGGUUCAGAAGCUUUUGAGGACGCUCCUCUUGCCGGCUGCAGUGGAAGCCCAAGCCAGCGCCGUGCCAGCGCCUAGCGCUGCCCCUACGCCUAGCGCACUCCCGGCGCCGACGACUACAGCGCUCAGCUCUGAUGUGGCUGGGUUGUUUUCUCAACCAGCGCUUUUGCCAGGGCCGACGCCAACGCCUAUGUCGACGACAGUGCCUACGCCAACGCCAUUGCCGACGCCAAUGCCGACGCCGCUGGCAGGCUUCCAUAUCCCUAAGAAGACACCUGUCUCUACGUUGUCUAGAGAGGAAGACUUGCAGCGGCAAUUAGUGGAAGAGCGUUCCCGAUGCCAGGAGGCUGAGCGUUCCAGGCGUUCUAGGCAUUCAGGCUCUAGGUCUCCUCGUCACCGCCGUUGAUCCAGGAACCCUCGUCUUAGCUCUGAUUCUUGUCAUCGCCGGUGUCGUUCCGUUUCCAGGUCUCGCUCACCUAGACGUUCCAACGAUAGGGAGAGGCGUUCUAGGUCGCCGACUCGUGGGAGGCGUUAUCAUCGGUCCCGUUUUAGGCCUCCUCCUGUGCGCCGCUCGCUGUGACGACCACGUUCUCCGACAGUUACGUUUAGCACUGAUUCUCAGGUUUCAUCAGAGCGCCCGACGCCUGCUGUCUUUGGCCAACGCUAAAAUGCUCCGGCCGUGUGUUGGGACGACAAUGAUGAGCGUUAUUUCUCUCCCGACUAUAAUGAGGAGACGUUACCAAAGGAAGAAGAUGUGGGUACCUACCUCCCCCUAUCCUCCGUGUUUGACUGGUUUGCUGAUAGACUGCCGGACUGCCCUUCUCCCUCUUCAGGUGACAACUCGAGAGCUAUUAGGACUUCUCCUGAAUUACUCCUCCCGCCUCACCCGAUGGUAGCCGAUGCUGUGGCUUCUUUAGAUGCGGAUUUUGCAAAGCUUUCUCUCAAUACGACUUUUAAGGCUCCUAAGUCACGGAAAGGAGACUAUAAGAUACAUAGUUUGGAUUUUGCCGAUGGAGGCGCGGCUCACGAUGAAUCUCUCCGACGUUUAUCGGGUUCUCCACAGUCGUCUUAUCGUGUACAAGAUUCCAAGAUGUUAGCCAUUGAUGCAGAACUUAAGAGGACGUUAAAGCCCGUUUCGGCGUUGGCCUCAGCAACUUCGGCUGCUGCUUUGAAUCUUACUGAAGACAAUACGUCGAGGAUUGAACACCUUACCACCCUGUUCCAGUGGCAGGGUAAGGUACUUCAUGGUUUGCUGGCACACCUCAGGACGGCGUUGGCCAUGACUACAGCUGUUAGGCGUACAGGUUUCCUCGAGCCUUGUUCCUGGCAGGAAGAGUUUAAAAGGAAACUCCUGAGAGCCCCUUUUGCGUCUCGCUUCAUAUU